AUGACUUCUGUGGAACCACCAACAACUCCCCCAUCCGGGCAAGCACAACUGGGACUUCAACCAAGCCAACCAGCAUCAACGCUGCAAGCCCCAGUAGCACCGAGUAAAAAGCUGUUGGAAAAGAAACCGAUAAACCCUCGACACAACAAGCAGCCCACGCACUUUGUCUGCUUUCCUCUAGUCAGUGAUGAAUCAGUGGCACAGCUCUCUAAAUCUCUGGCAUACUUUAGAUCACUCACCACGCCUUUGCCUCCUGCAAACCGGGAUGUGACACCUGAGGAAGGUGCUGGGGGAGGAGAAGCCAAUGCUGAGCCCGCCGCACCCGAGCAAUCCAACAACGAAAUACGGGGUCGGGAUGUGGAUCAAGCAGUGAGAGUCAUCCCAGAGUCGGCGCAUCGUCCGCCAGGGACUUUCCAUUUGACCCUAGGGACAAUGCAUCUUCCGGACGCGGAGCAUUUGGAGAAGGCGGUGGCGUUAUUGCAGGAAAUUGACUACGUGGAACUACUGAGGCAAGCGGAAUCUGGAGAGGGGAACGAGGCCCACAAGUUUGGGCGAGGGAGAAGGGUUAAGAAAACACCGAAAGGUGGAAUAGGCGGAGACUCGAACGAAGUGACGCAAGCUAGGGACGAGACGCAAUCCGAGCGGGAAGGGGAGUCUGGAAGGCUGCUCUCAGCUGCAGAGAACAUAAUGCCGCCAAUGGAGCAGGAAAAGGCAGAAAGCCUAUCGGCCACCAAAGGAAAUCAAAAUCAAAAUAGUGGUGCCCACCGCGAUGUCGAAACUCUUUCCACUGUCGAAGAACAGGCCGAUUCCGAGCACCUGCAAGAGACCGACAAUCCACAGCUGUCAACCGCUACAUCGAACCACGCGCCAGAAGAUAGUGGGAAGCUGCGAGAGACAGCAAGGCAGGUCGGAGCAGUCCCGUCUUCUCCCCUUCAAUCACUCAAGUCCCUAUCCCGAGAAAUCUCGCCACCAGCGGUCUCUGCACCUUCGACGUUGACACAAGAUUUCGGAGAGCUAGACCCUCCACAACCCAUAUCCGUAUCUCUGUCCUCUCUUGGCACCUUCCCCUCGUCUCGCUCAGCCCGCGUCUUCUUUGCGCACCCUCAUGAUCCCACUGCUCGUCUGCACCGGUUUGGGAACCUGGUCCGCGACGUUUUCCGGGAAGCGGGCCUCGUCACGGAGACUAGACCUUUGGUUCUGCAUGCCACGGUCGCCAAUCUAAUCUAUGUGAAGGGCAGAAAGGGGAGCGGAAAAGGUCGGGGAGGAAGAGGAAGGAAUGGAAACAAGAAGGCCGAAGACGGCGGGAAUGUGGACGCCAGGGAGAUUUUGAGGUUUUUCAACCAUGGGCCAAACCCGAACGGGAACCAAAAUCGAAGAGCAUCAUCACCACCACCAAGAAGUGCUCCUGCCGAGGUUAAUGACAGAGGAGACGAACCAGCAGCGCCCACCAUGAUGAGCAGGACCAUUCGCCAAACCAAUCCUGCCGAGGGCGUGACGACUGGAAAUCAAACCCUAGAUCCAGCGCUAUCGCCAAAUCCUACCGAUAAAACGGGCACCAAAAGCGAGCAAUCGCCUCAGAUUCAAACCCCUUUCAUAUGGGCCCGAGACAUCACGAUCCGCAGCAUCCGCAUCUGCAAAAUGGGCGCCGAACCCUCGCCCACCCCGGGCUGGGGGCUCGAGUACCGGCCUGUCGCGGAGAAAGUGUUCAUGGCUGGCCAGACCCCAGAAUGA